GAAAUAUUUACUCUAGCAGAAAGUCAAAAGGAGAGUCUUUGACAAGUGUUGGUUGAUUAUUUUCCAAGUUUUUUUUGAGUGUUCGCCAGUGCUUUGGACCAGUUUCGGAGCUUCUCUUGUUUUUCGAAACAGCAUCCCCAUCGAAACAAGCCGCGUAAACACAAGGGAAGUCAUGCCAGUGGAGGCUAGGACAGUAUUAUGAUGAACUUGCUGGUGGUGAAGGAGAGCGGCGAGCGGAUCGCCGACAGCAGCUGUAGCCAGGAGCAUAGUACCCGAACUCUACCAAAACCAAAGCCGCCCCAAGUAGCCAAACUUCGCAAGCUGGCGCAGCUGGAGAUUGCACCGGGAUCGGGACUGGUGGGAUCAGGAGCCGGAACCGGAACCGGAACCGGAAGUUGGUGCGGACAAGCUAUUCGGUGGCAGUUGGUGUUACUGCUCCUGCUCUGUAAUUGCAUUGUGGGCGCCUUCGAGCCGGACUUUGUGAUUCCGCUGGAGAACGUGACCAUCGCCCAAGGUCGAGACGCGACCUUCACGUGCGUGGUGAACAACCUCGGGGGUCAUCGGGUCGCCUGGAUUAAGGCCGAUGCCAAGGCAAUUCUGGCCAUUCACGAGCACGUGAUAACCAACAAUGAUCGAUUAUCGGUGCAGCACAACGACUACAACACAUGGACGCUCAACAUACGCAGCGUCAAAAUGGAGGACGCCGGCAAAUACAUGUGUCAGGUCAACACGGAUCCCAUGAAGAUGCAGACGGCCACCCUGGAAGUGGUCAUCCCACCGGACAUCAUCAACGAAGAGACCUCCGGAGAUAUGAUGGUCCCGGAGGGCGGAUCCGCCAAACUCGUUUGCCGAGCACGUGGUCAUCCGAAGCCGAAGAUCACGUGGCGACGUGAGGAUGGCCGGGAGAUUAUUGCCCGCAACGGCUCGCAUCAGAAAACAAAAGCCCAAUCGGUGGAGGGCGAAAUGCUGACGCUGUCGAAGAUCACGCGAUCGGAAAUGGGUGCCUACAUGUGCAUCGCCUCCAACGGAGUGCCGCCGACGGUGAGCAAGCGGAUGAAGCUACAGGUGCACUUUCAUCCGCUGGUGCAAGUGCCAAAUCAAUUGGUCGGCGCCCCGGUCCUUACGGAUGUCACAUUAAUUUGCAACGUCGAGGCAUCGCCGAAGGCCAUCAAUUAUUGGCAGCGCGAGAAUGGUGAAAUGAUUAUUGCCGGCGAUCGUUACGCGCUCACCGAAAAGGAGAAUAAUAUGUAUGCCAUCGAGAUGAUUCUGCACAUCAAGCGGCUGCAGACCAGCGAUUUCGGUGGCUACAAGUGCAUCUCGAAGAACAGCAUCGGCGACACCGAGGGCACCAUCCGGCUAUAUGAAAUGGAGCGUCCCGGAAAGAAAAUCCUCCGUGAUGAUGACCUCAACGAAGUGUCGAAGAACGAGGUGGUGCAAAAGGACACGCGCAGCGAGGAUGGGUCACGCAACCUGAACGGCAGGCUCUACAAGGACCGCGCUCCGGAUCAGCACCCGGCCAGCGGGAGUGACCCGCAGCUCCCCGGGGGCGGGACAAUGCGGCUAAUCGGGACAUUUCUAUUAGCCUUAUUGGUAUUAUUCACGGCGCGGACAGAGGCCGGGCCAGCAACAUUGUCCUGCCGCACAAAAGGCGGCAGACAAAGGAAGGCCAAGGAAACGAGCUCGCAGGGGCGGCGGGGCAAGGACACGGGCAGGCGGGAGGAGGGGCACGCGGAGAAGUGGAGCCAGUGCUGGGAGAGAUCGGCGCGGAGUUGGAGGCGGUCAGCGCCGCCAGAGUUAGAUUAUUAUAGCUUAAUUCAAUUGUAAUUAUACAAACCAGAUUAUGAUGCAAGCAGCUCCUGCCCCCCGUCCCGCUCCUGCCACACACACACACACUCACACGCACGCACACACACACACACACGGGCCGGGAAACAGAGCCAUUAAUCAGUGGGGAUGGCGCGACUGCCGCCACUCCACUGACUAAUCAUCUACGCCCAUGCUAAUUGCGAAUUGCGAAGGGGGACAGGGCUAAUUGAAUGCAUAUUAAAUCAAAAGGAGUGGAGGGAGAGAAAACCGAAAGUGUCGUAGUUAAGUGGAAAAGAAAACGCGUUUAAAUGUUACCUCGUUAGUGGAAAAUGAUGGCAAGAUGGCAAGGAUAGAAAUGAUGGAAAGGAGAACCCCAACCCCCCACAAGUCCCACAAAUGGAAGUCAACUAUAAACAAUAUUAAGAUUAAAUGGUGUUCGGUUCUUUAAAUGGCUUUAGCUACUCUGAAGUAAACGAAAAGUACGCCCGCAGAAGGAUAUUUGCGUACUAUAAACAUAAAUAAUGAUGAUAAUGAUAAUGAUAAUGACGGUAAAGACAUUGAUA